CGGCCGCCCCGCCGCCCUUCCCGGGCGCCCCCGCCGGGCCGGGGGAUCCGCCGCCCUUGUGCCAACUUGAGCGCGAGGGUGGCUCUUGCAGGCGUUGGUGAGGACUGGUCUGCAGGAAGAUACUGGCUGAGGAGUCAGGUGUGCUGGACAAGCAGUGGUGUCCCUUGGGAAGAAAGCUCUGAACAUUAACAGGAAAAUAACACUGAAACAGAAUGUCGCUUACCUUUUGUCUGAAAAGGUGAAAUCUUUUCAAAUAGAAAUGGCUGAUAAGGGUGGGAAGAUGCUUCCAGGACAAUUUUACAUUCAAGUGGAGUAUGACUAUGAGUAUGAGGCCAAGGAUAAGAAAAUUGUGAUCAAGCAAGGGGAGAAGUACAUCUUAGUGAAAAAGACUAAUGAUGAUUGGUGGCAAGUCAAAAGAGAUGAAAAUUCCAAACCCUUUUAUGUGCCAGCUCAAUAUGUGAAGGAAAUACCCCGGAAAGCACUGAUGCCACCUGUGAAGCAGGCAAGCAUGUUGCCAAAUAACACCUUGAAGUUGACACAUGGAUUACAGAGAUCAACAGAAAAUGUGAAUAAGUCACCAGAGCUUUCUAGUUUUGGAAAAUCUUCUCCAGUUCAAGUGUCUUGCUUAGUUCGAGAUGCCAAUCAAAAUCUGGGACCGAACAAUAGCCCCUGUCAAACUUUUGGUUUGAGUCUGGACCUUACCCAGAACAAUGGAAAACUUAACAAUGAGUUGCAAUCUCCCAAGGUUUCCAAUCAGUUUAGAACCAUUUCCAUGGGUCAUUUCCCAUGCCCGGAGUUCUUGGAAAUAGAGAAGACCAGCUUUUUGCAUGAACAAUCUUGUGAUUCAGCAGGAGAAGGCUCAGAAAAAAUUCACCAAGAUUCGGAGUCUGGAGAUGAACUCAGUAGUAGUUCCACAGAACAAGUGCAGCCAACUACUCCACCAAGCCAAGGGAGGCCUGAUUCACCAGUUUAUGCUAAUUUGCAAGAACUGAAAAUAUCUCAGUCUGCACUUCCACCUCUACCUACAAGUGCUCCAGUCCAAAUAAAUGGUGAAUGGGAAACCCAUAAAGAUACGACAGGACGCUGUUAUUACUACAACAGAGGAUCACAGGAGCGAACCUGGAAACCUCCACGAUGGGCCCGAGAUGCAAGCAGUAAUAAAGGGGAUUCCCAGAGCCAUGCAGAUCAUGAGCAUCUUUCAUCAGAAGAAAACGACCACAGUUCUUGUUACAGCCAGUCAGAUAGUCAGUAUGGUUCUCCUCCAAAGGGUUGGUCAGAAGAGUUGGAUGAACAUGGUCAAACCUUAUAUACCAAUGACUAUACUAAUGAAAAGUGGAUAAAACAUGCAGAUGAACAAGGUAGACCAUACUACUACAGUGCUGAUGGUUCCAGAUCAGAGUGGGAGUUACCUAAGUAUAAUGCUUCACCACAGCAGCAGAGAGAUAUAAUAAAGAGUAGGAGUCUGGACAGGAGGCUACAGGAACCAAUAGUUUUAACAAAAUGGAGGCACAGCACAAUUGUGCUGGAUACCAACGACAAGGAAUCAUCAACUGCUUCUAAGGCCAGUUUUCCAGAAAAUGAAUCAUCUCCUUCUUCACCAAAACAUCAAGCCACAGGUCAAGAAAAGUAUGGGUUAUUAAAUGUGACAAAAAUCACAGAAAAUGGGAAGAAAGUUCGAAAGAAUUGGAUGUCAUCAUGGGCAGUAUUACAAGGGUCAUCACUGCUGUUCACUAAAACCCAAGGAAGUGGAACUGGCUGGAAGUUUGGUGUUAAUCAGUCUAAGCCAGAAUUUACAGUGGAUCUCAAAGGGGCUUUGAUUGACUGGGCCUCAAAGGACAAAUCCAGCAAAAAGAAUGUUAUUGAGCUAAAAACCCGCCAAGGUACUGAGCUCUUAAUUCAAUCAGAUAAUGACAGCUUUAUUAAUGAAUGGUACAAAGUUCUUAAUUACACCAUCAAUAAUCAGGUAAUAGAGUCUGAUGAAGCAUUAGAUGAUGAGGUACCAGAUUCCCCUGGAGUGGAAAAACAAGACAAAGAGAAAGAGAAAGAAAAUAAAGACUCUAAGAAACUUCGUUCAGUGAAAGCACCCAGCAAUAUAGACUCCACAGAUCAGAAAAAGACCAAAACAAAGCUCAAGAAGUUUCUUACACGGCGCCCUACAUUACAAGCUGUCCGUGAAAAAGGCUACAUUAAGGAUCAAGUUUUUGGUUCAAAUCUCACCAGCUUGUGUCAAAGAGAAAACAGCACGGUGCCAAAGUUCGUGAAGCUGUGCAUUGAGCAUGUUGAGGAACAUGGAUUAGAUAUCGAUGGCUUAUACAGAGUUAGUGGCAAUCUUGCAGUGAUACAGAAGCUGAGAUUUGCAGUCAAUCAUGAUGAGAAGCUGGACUUGAAUGACAGUAAAUGGGAAGAUAUACAUGUCAUUACGGGAGCUCUAAAAAUGUUCUUCAGAGAAUUGCCAGAGCCGCUGUUCACUUACAACCACUUCAAUGACUUCGUCAAUGCAAUUAAGCAAGAACCAAGGCAGCGUGUCCCUGCUGUUAAAGAUUUAAUCAAACAGUUGCCAAAACCAAAUCAGGACACAAUGCAGGUACUCUUUAGACAUCUGAAAAGAGUUGUAGAAAAUGGAGAAAAGAACCGAAUGACCUAUCAAAGUAUAGCAAUAGUUUUUGGUCCAACCUUAUUAAAGCCAGAGAAAGAGACUGGUAACAUAGCAGUCCACACAGUGUACCAGAAUCAGAUUGUAGAGUUAAUUCUACUGGAAUUGAAUUCCAUCUUUGGACGCUGACAUUUUUCUUGGAGCAGAAACUGGAAGUGAUGGGCUGGCAGCACUACUCCAUCAGAAGGAAAACCUCUUGCUGUAUAUGAUGUUUUAUGUUUGUGGACCAAGCAGCAACUUGUUUUUUGCACUUUUGGGGAGGGGAGAAACAGGAGAAAUGUUUGACCACUAUAAAGCGAAUUAAAGACAACAAUUCAGAUUUCUUUGAAAAGUUCAAUAUAAAAAGUGAAUUGAAAAGUUUAUAGUUUACCUUUUUAAAGUAUCAUUGGAAAAAUUUAAUAUAGGUUCAUACACUGGAUUUCAUGGAGAAUAAAACUAAUAAUCUCAGACUGGA